UACAAGGGAUAACUUCUGAAAAUACAGUCGAUUUAAUUCCUCAAAUGAUGAAAAAUAAUCUCUCUCUCGUAGAUUUUAAGCAUUUUGAAAAAAGAGGUCCAAUUGGUGCUUGGGGUGGUCAAUAUGGUUCUUUGUAA